AACCACAUUACAUGAAUAUGACAGAAAUGAUGUACUCCAGAGGAUGAAUCCUCAGGUGAUCCCCUGACUUGGAAUCCAUCUGGUCAAAUUGUUCUAAUUUGUCCAAUACUUUGGUCCAUCACCAAAUACCUCCGAAACGAAUGCCACUCCCAUCCUUUGUUUUCCGUGCUAAUUAGCACAUUUUUAGCAUGACUUAAAUUUAAGGGUGCGAUCGCGGUAAUUACCAUACCUGCUCAACAUUAAUGUCUUAGCGUUGUAAUUGUUAGCGUGCUGAUGUUGACGGUUUUUUUUUUCCAUUGGCAGCCGAAAAGGUUUCGACGGCAUUAUUCUUCAGAGUUUGAUUCUGACUCAGACUGAUUAUUUCUGGGCUGGCCCUUUUGAUUUUCUGUAAACACUCAAACACAUGACUUUUCCCAGAUUGUUGUCAAUCAUCACCUUCUCGUCACACCCUCUGUCCUUUUAUCUCUUCCCUUUUGUCCUACUCCUUAUCAGCUGAGAGAGAAAGAUUGAAGGAGAGAGAAGAAAAGGUGUGUGUGUGUAUGUGUGUGUGUGUGUGUGGGGGGGGUGUUACCUGUGCUGAGUGGCCCCACCUCUCUCUCUCUCUCUCUCUCUCCUCUGGCCAUUGAGAAUGAUUAAACACUAAACCACCUUUGCUUACCUCAGACACUCAGACACUCAGACACUCAGACGCAGGCAGGCGACAAGAGUUUCUCAUUUCCGCUGCGUCCUGUCAGCAUCAACGAAGAGUGAGUGUACAGAGAGAGAGAGAGAGAGAGAGAGAGAGAGAGAGAGAGAGAGAGUGAGUUUUCAGAGUGACUUCCCCAAGAAGCGAAGCGCGCCCGGCGUCUGCAUCUUCUCGGCCUGCUUUGUCGAUCGUCCUCAGUGUGGGAUACAGGGCCCAGAUCUGAUUGGAUGGUUUUGUCAGAAUGACAGCCGAAGAUCCUGCUUCCUCCUCGACCAUGAGCAAUAACGCUGCCCCCACCAAACCCUCCCAACCUGCUGGUGCCUCCCACCAGUCUCUUCAUGGACAGAUCAACACCCCUGAGGGAGUUGCGGGUGCUUCCAAUGAGCCUGCACUGGUAUCCCUGAUGGAGCGCACUGGCUACACUAUGGUCCAGGAAAAUGGUCAGCGUAAAUAUGGCCCUCCUCCUGGUUGGAAUGCUGCAUCUCCACCAAGGGGAUGUGAAAUCUUUGUGGGCAAGAUCCCACGGGACGUUUAUGAGGAUGAGCUGGUGCCAGUGUUUGAGUCUGUAGGACGCAUCUAUGAGAUGCGGCUGAUGAUGGACUUUGACGGGAAGAACAGAGGGUACGCAUUUGUGAUGUACACAGAGAAACAUGAGGCCAAGCGGGCUGUACGCGAGCUCAACAACUAUGAGGUGCGGCCUGGGCGACUGCUGGGGGUCUGCUCCUCCGUGGACAACUGCCGUCUUUUCAUUGGUGGUAUCCCCAAGACCAAAAAGCGGGAGGAGAUCCUGGAGGAGGUCUCCAAGGUGACAGAAGGGGUACUAGAUGUGAUAGUUUAUGCCAGUGCUGCAGACAAGAUGAAGAACAGAGGCUUUGCCUUUGUCGAGUAUGAAUCGCACCGUGCGGCUGCCAUGGCUCGCAGGAAGUUGAUGCCUGGACGUAUUCAGCUCUGGGGCCACCAGAUUGCAGUGGACUGGGCUGAGCCGGAGAUUGAUGUGGACGAAGACGUUAUGGAGACAGUGAAGAUUCUCUACGUCAGGAAUCUUAUGAUGGAGACCAGCGAGGAGACAAUCAGACAGGUGUUCAGCCAGUGGAAUCCUGGAUGUGUUGAACGUGUGAAGAAAAUCCGCGAUUAUGCCUUCGUCCACUUUACCUCCCGGGACGAUGCUGUCAUGGCCAUGGACCACCUCAAUGGCACAGAGGUGGAAGGGUCCUGCAUCGAGGUGACGCUCGCCAAGCCAGUUGAUAAAGAGCAGUACUCGCGCCAAAAGGCCUCCAAAGGAGCUCCUGCCACUCCAGAGCCUGCUCAACAGAACUACGUUUACCAGUGUGAUCCCUACACACUGGCCUACUAUGGUUAUCCCUACAACACCCUCAUUGGACCCAACAGGGACUACUUCGUCAAAGGAUCCCCAAUGAUACAGAACAAUGCAGGUACUGUGCGAGGUCGUGGUCGUGCUGCUGCAGGUAACCGUACCCCUGGACCACGGGGGUCGUACCUGGGGGGUUACUCUGCCGGUCGUGGCAUCUACAGCCGCUACCAUGAGGGCAAGUCCAAGCAGCUCGAAAAGCCCUAUGAGUUGAUGCCCAGUCUGGAGCUUGCGGCCUCCGUCAACUCUGUUGGCAUCAAACAUGGCACAAUGACGUUGCCGACUCUGGGCGGGCAGUACCCGGUGUUCAGCACGGCUCCUGCGGGCAAGCUGAUGGAGGAGGGCAAGGUGCACACGGUGGAGCACCUCCUCAACCCUCUGGCCAUGCAACACGCUGAACACACCACCGCUACUGCUGCUGGCACCGUCCUACCGGCGGUCUCUACCCCACCGCCCUUUCAGUCCUCUUUCUUCUGCAUUCCCCAGGGCCGUCCCAUCACUCCGGUCUACGCCAUGGCCCACAACGUACAGCGCAUCCCGACGGCCGGCGGCCUGUACGGAGCUGGAUACGUCCCCAUCACAAACUACGCGGCCAACUCAGCGGCUCUGGCCGCCCUGCAGAAGAACGCGGCGGUGGCCGCUGCGGCGUAUGGCGGCUACGCGGGCUACGCCAUGCCACAGGCCUUCCCCGCCACGGCCUUCCAGCUGCCCAUCCACGAUGUCUACCAGACAUAUUGAUUCUGGGGGUCAGACCUUGUGAAACGACAACAAAGUUGCCUUCUGACUGAACCGCCGCCGCCACCAUCCCCAUCCCAUCGUACAGAAACGUCACUUGAACAUCCAAAAGCUCUAAAGGAAUGUCGUUUAAAGCCAAAUAUAUGACUAUGCAGCAUCACUGUUUUAUAACACGCAUGGAGGACAGUCCACUUCCUGGGUCAAGCCCACUUGCAUGUGGUGACUACCAUCCCCCGACAAUAAUAACCACAUCUCAGUCUCUCUCUCUCUGUGUCUCUGACCCCUGCCACCGUGUUGCUACGGCAACAGAAACACUGAAGGUACAUUCAAGUAUUUAUGAUGAGAGGAUAAAUAUUUACGGUUUUACUCUCUGUAGGUUUCUCUUAUUAACAGAGAGAGGUUUGCAGCAGGAAAGAUAGACACUCACACUGUCUACAUCUUUAGAGGUGGGCGUGAAAAUAAACAAAAGUUAUUUGAAAGAAAGUAAAAUUACAACAGGAACUAACUAACUUGACAGGCAAGGAUGCCGCUGAAGACAACUGUGUUUGGAUAUACUAAUGUUUUAUUUUCAUUUUCAUUAUUAUAGAGUAUUUUAGCCCAUUCUAGGUAGGUGUCGGCUGUCCGUCCAUGCUGGUUGAAUGUGUAAGCUUCGAACAUGCCUGUUUGGUACUUUGUUUUUUGGUUUAUGUAGUUUUAUUUGUGUUUUUCUUGUUUUUAAAUGAAGGUUUCUGAGUGCCGUGCUCAUUCGCUCAUGAUUAGUCUGCUCGUUUAGUUUUUGUGUGUGCGCCUCUUCUUUCCCUUUCCGGAAACAUAUUCUGGGUUUUAUCUGAAGAAAAAAAGUCGCCACCCGAAGAAUAUUUUUGAGGCAGACUUCCUUCAGGGAACGAAUGCGAGAGAAAGAAAACUGGAACGCUUUUUGUCGAAGAUGAUUUGAUCCGAAAGCCCCGAUCGACGGCACCGCCGCUGACCGGGGACCGAACACAUGUUCUCUAUUUUCUCUCGUUUCACGUCGUUAUUAUCGUGUUUUUUUUGUAACGUUUUAAAAAAAAAAACUCUUUUAAGGUGAACAAACGUGCACAGAAAUGAGAGACACUUUUCUCCGUGGACCAGAACACUGCCACUUAAAGCGCUCCUGCAUUUGCCAAUGCCAACCUGACAACUUGAGGCUCCAUACACUCCUGUAAGACUCUCCGUGCCUAAAUACGGUGCCUUCCAUCUGCACUCUGUACGUGCUACCGUGUGCUUUCCCCCGUGCCUUUCAUAGCGAUGUGAAGCCCACUGCGGUUGGCACAAAGAGAAACGCUUCUCUCCUUCCAAGAGGUGUCCAGGCCUCCACGGUCCCUCUCUUCUCUGAGGCGACGCUGCGUACGUCGGGCCUCCUCGUCGUUUCCCGUCCUCCAAACUGUGCUUGACUAAGGUGCACUUAAACAUAUUUAUAAAAGGCAAGAGAUUGUGACCAGAUGAAGAAAUGUUAAAUACAGAGCACGAAUGUGCGCGUAAACCGGGCCAGUUUGGCGUUCGUCACUUACUCACAGUAUGUGACCGAGGUUUUUCCUCGCGGAUUAAAAAAAGCCUAAAAAAAAGAAAAAAGAAGAAAAGUGGAUGUUUAGAUGGCAUUAUUUUUUUUUAUUGUGCCGUGUGUUGAAAACAAGUGUGCUGUUGGAACGGAGCACGCGUUUGCUAAGAAACCGUCAAGCGUAACGGAGGUCGAGCAGCUUUCCACCACGACCGCCAUCUUUAUGAAAGAGAAUGCAACACUUUUGUAUCCGAGAUUGUAUUUUUAAACCACUUUGUGGCAGUUGUUUUGAACUCUCUGCGGCGUAUUUUAUUCGCUCGCUUUCGCAUCUCCUCCACAGAUUGUUGACUACUUUUUUAAAAAAAACACACAAAACAACGUGAUGAGAAUGUUUUCCUGCAUCGUGACUAAGUUUCAUGUCCGAGUCGUUAAAUGAAGAUUGAUUUCCCACAGCAAGCCAGACAGAUUGGUUUCAUCUCACUCCGCCGACUACUUUUUUUGCGACUUCUCUCUCCUCUAAAACUGGAUUUGUAUGUAGAAAAACAAACUGCUGACAACUGCUUUUAUUAUUUUCUUGUAUGAUGACAAUAAGUCAGGAUAUAUUUAAUAUAUAUGCAUUACGUGUUUUGUCUAUGAAGUGAGAAGAAAAGGUAUAAUAUAUUCUAAAAACAUAUUUCCUUUCUUUAUCUACGCCUUGUUUAGGGAUACAAAAAUAAAAUUAAAAAAAGUCAAAGUAACAAAAGUAGAGAAACAUCUUUCGUAUUUUUUGCCAAAGUAUCCAAUAGUUUGGAAACUAUUCAAGGUUAUUGUGUUUUUGUCAUUGUGUGUCAUAUUCUGUUUGCUAUUUUGUACUAUAUUUGGUGUUAUGAGUGGUAACACAGAGGCCUUCUCGUUUAGCUACUUUUAUUUUUUAUUUUCAGUGUCAGCGAAAAACAUCAGACCACCCGUCGGCCCUUUGAGCCGUUGGGUGGUCAGCUAAACCGGUAACGGUCUGAUCACGAUUUAGUAGCCAUUCAAACUUCAUGGGUCUGCCUCCCACUCACAACGCCCGCUUCUCUUUCUAUCGCCUGCAUUUCACCCACACGGCGGCCUCGGGGGGAACUCCUGCUCCUUGUUGGGUUGGACCUUAUAUGCCUAGUUUAACAUAGGUGUUGUCAUUUAAACUCUUCCUAGUGUGUGCCUUAUUGCCAAGAUGUGCCCUUUGCUAUACCUUUGUAGACCUAUGCAGACUGUUUUCGAUCUGAAGGUUUGUUUUCCAAAAAAUAAGGAGGAAAAAAAAAGCUUGUUCUGUAUUGUUAUAUUUAUAGUGAUGAAGUAGAUAAAUAAAGCAUUUUCAAAAGGAUGCACUGCUUACA